UCCCUACCCUGGCGGUGGGAGCGUCAGGUAUACCGCUCGCCUACUCUCGCGCACUUUGUCAGCCGGCCGCAGUCGACGAACGCCAGCGAGGCCAACGAGUGUGGAAUAGCAAUGAGUCUCCGUCGCCUCUGUUGUUAGGGCUGCUGAACGAAGAGGAAAAUUGUUGUCGAGACCAGUUUUCACCCCCUUUUCGCACCGCAGGGCGCACCAACAGAUCAAAAUGAAGCUCCAAGCCGGAGUUGUGGCUGUUUUCUUUUCACUUGCCGUAUCUUCAAUUACGAGCAUUGCAGCACAGCAAGGAUUUUACACUGUUAUCGCACCUAAAGUGUUGCGACCGAACAGCGAGUAUCACGUGUCCGUGUCCACGCACGGCGUCGACAAGACUACGCAGGUGUGGGUGGAGGUCGGCGGAAAGCAGGACAGUGGCGGAAAGUUCACCUCCUCGCAGAGCAUCUCAGUGGAGCCCAGAACGACUAGAAUCCUCAGAAUCGAUAUCGGAGAUGUCGGUCCAGGAAACUACAACGUGACCGCUCGUGGAAACGGCGGACUGGAAUUCCAGAACACCACGGAGCUGAGCUAUGUGCACAAGAGCUACUCGGUGCUCGUCCAGACCGACAAGGCGAUUUACAAGCCCGGAGACACGAUCCAGUUCAGGAUUCUGGCACUGAACAAACACCUCAAGCCGACCGUUACUGCUGCCCUGGACGUUUUUAUAACUGAUGGAAAAGGAAACAGGGUGAAACAGUGGUCCAGGGUUCUCCCCACGAGAGGUGUGUUUUCCGCCGAUCUUCCUCUUUCCAAAAACCCCGUUCUGGGAGACUGGAAUAUCACGGUCAGCGUUUUGGAUCAGUCCUUCCACAAAACGAUCCAGGUGGCAGAAUACGUGCUGCCUAAAUUCGAGGUUUCCAUCUCGACCCCGCCUUUCACCACUUUUAAGGACUCCCGUAUUUCCGCCACAAUUUCGGCCAAAUACACGUACGGAAAGCCAGUAAAGGGCGAAGCCACGGUGACCAUGUACCCAACAAUUUUCUCUGGCCUCAUCCAACCAAUUUUCCAAAAUCCGGUGCGCAAGGUCGUCGCCAUCGACGGAAAAGCCAACGUUGAAUUCGACAUUGUGAAAGAGUUGGGUCUGAACGACGAGUUUGAAAGGCCAGUGCAAAUCGAGGUGACAGUGCAGGAAGCGCUUACUGGCCGCAGACAAAACACUUCGACCUCCAUUCCUCUCUUUAAAAAUAAAUACAAAAUGGAGCUGGUCAAAACGCCCGAAUAUUACAAGCCUGGACUCAAGUUUACUGCUUACAUUAAACUGACCACUCACGACGGCAUGCCAAUCACCGACUCGAAAAAUCCAGUCCGAAUCCGCUGGGGCUACGGUUACGACCACGCCACUUACACCUCCGAGAACCACUACCUGUCCUCCGAGGGCUUGGUGGAGCUCAACUUCUACCCACCCAUCGUCUCAAAUGUGUCUACCAUCGGCCUGGAGGCACAGUACCUGGACCUGAGUGAAUGGUUCUCGACGAUAACUGCCUCCGUGUCACCCAGCAACACGUUCAUACAGGCCAUCAUCCGAUCGGAGAACGCAGAGGUUGGCAAUGAUGUUGAGGUGUACAUGAAUUGCACGGAGAGGAUUUCCUCGUUCAACUACGAGGUUCUGGGCCGCGGCGACGUGUUGACCGCUGGCACUAUCCAAGUGCCAUCUGGCCAGCAGGACCAACGCUUCCGAUUCGUGGCUACGCAGACCAUGGCCCCAAGGGCUCACUUGGUUAUCUACUACGUUCGACCUGAAAACGGAGAAGUGGUCGCCGACUCAGUAGACUUUACGGUCACUGGAAUGCUCCAAAAUUUCGUUGACUUGGAAGUGAACCCCACAGACACGCAACCAGGCGUAGCUGUCGACUUGACCAUCCGCACGAAACCCAACUCGUACGUCGGUGUUCUCGGCGUGGACCAGAGCGUGCUUCUCCUCAGGAGCGGCAACGAUCUCUCCAUGCGAGACGUUGAAAACGAGCUGUUGUCCUUCGACUCGGCACCUCAAGAGCCCAAAAGCCCCAACUGGCCACCGUUCGCCAGGCGCCGCAGGAGGUCCCUUGCCUGGUUCCCGAGCCACGCCGACGCCGGCGAGGUUUUCCAAAAGUCUGGAGCCGUGAUCCUGACCAACGGAUACGUCCACGAGCACAUGCCUCUAGGAUUCGCGUCUGGAGGCGUGGUGGCGCGCCUGCCCUCCGGAAAAAAUUACCCAGGACCUCUACCUACGAGGCCUCCCCUCGCGGGGCCGUACGCCUUUUCGCGCAUUCCAAAGCCCGUCAACAACAACCCGCGCAUCUAUCUCACGCACGAGCCGCAGCCGGUUUGGCUCUUCGAGGACAUGUUCACAGGUCCUGACGGCCGGACCUCACUGAAGAGGAAAGCGCCCGACACAAUCACCUCAUGGGUGCUCUCCGCUUUCUCCGUUGACUCGCUCUACGGACUCGGCCUGACACAAACGUCCAGCAAACUGCGGGUUUUCCGACCUUUCUUUGUGUCGCUCGACCUGCCGUACAAUGUAGUGCGCGGUGAGGUGUUCGCCAUUCCCGUUGUCGUCUUCAACUACAUGGACCGCGAUCUCGCCGUGGACGUGUCCCUGGACAACUCUGACGGACAGUUUGAAAUCCCCGACAUGUCCAACGAUAUCGACGCUCCGAAGACUUUCGACUCGGCGCAGCUGUCGAGGCGAAUCACCGUCAAAGCAAACAGCGGCUCAAACACGGCGUUCAUGGUGACCACCAAGCGUCUGGGCAUGCUCGACAUCAACGUGAAGGCCGAGAGCUCCCUGGCGGGCGACGCGGUCAAGAGACAGCUUUUGGUCAAGGCCGAGGGCGACACGCAGUACGUGAACGAUGCCAUCUUUGUCGACCUCAGAGACACCGAAAACUUUGAGACAAAUCUGACCCUGAAAUUCCCCAAAAACUUUGUCGAGGGCUCUGAGAAACUGGAGGUGUCCAGUGUUGGUGACUUGCUUGGACCCAGUAUUCCUAAUUUGGCUAAUCUGAUCAGGAUGCCAUUUGGCUGUGGCGAGCAGAACAUGCUCAAUUUUGUUCCUAACAUCGUGGUUCUUGACUAUCUGAAGAAUUCAAACCAAUUGACCCCGGCCGUCGAAAACAACGCUCGCAAAUUCUUGGAGAUCGGCUACCAACAGGAACUGACUUACAAACACGACGACGGCUCAUUCAGCGCCUUUGGAAAAUCUGACCCAUCUGGCAGCACAUGGCUGACCGCAUUCGUAGCAAAGUCAUUCAGGGCAGCGUCUCCCUACAUCACCAUUGACCCUGUGAUGGUGAAUCAGGCACUGCAAUGGCUCCAGGGUGUACAGGCUGUCAACGGCAGCUUCCCUGAGGUCGGAAAGGUUCAUCACCACGACAUGCAAGGUGGAGCCGCAAGUGGACUCGCGCUCACCGCGUACACUCUAAUCACUUUCCUCCAGGAUAAGGAGUCGGCCGGUUUGUACCGAAACGUGAUCAACAAGGCAACGGAUUACAUCGGUCGCAACCUGGACGGCCGGCUGGACGACCCUUACGCAAUCGCCCUGGCAACCUACGCCCUUCAGCUGGCUGGACACCCUCUGAAAGAGACGGCGUUCAACCUGUUGGAGAGCAAGGCGCAGAGCAAGGAUGACAUGAAGUGGUGGAGCAAGCCUGUGCCAGAUAACGACAAGAAAAAUCCGUGGCGGCAGUUCAAGACGGACCCGAUCGCAGUUGAAAUGACCUCUUACGCCCUGCUGAUCUACCUGGAGAGGGGGCUCGUCAGGGACAGCCUGCCAAUCCUCAAGUGGCUCGUUUCCCAGAGGAAUAGUAACGGCGGAUUUGAAUCCACACAGGACACGGUUGUCGCUUUGGGCGCCCUGGCCAAGUUGGCCGAGCAAAUAUCUGUCAGUUCCUCCGGUCAGAGGGUCGAGGUGACCUUUGAAUAUGAAGGAAAAAACAGUCCGAAGCAGUUGACAGUGAACUCAAACAACGCAAUGAUUUUGCAAAAGGAAGAGCUCCCACAAAAUGUGCGGGAGUUGAAGAUCAAGGCCAAAGGAAAGGGAUUCGCCAUCGUGCAAGUUUCCUACAGCUACAACGUCGACGUAACCGCGCCUUGGCCUCUUUUCCACCUGGAUCCCCAACUCACCAGGGAUUCGACCGCUGACCACCUGCAGCUCUCAGUCUGCUCAGGAUUCACAGGCCUUGGAAACAUAAGCAGCAACAUGGCUGUUAUGGAAGUGGCGCUGCCCUCAGGGUACACUGCCGACCCUGAUUCCCUGCCUGGCCUCAGAGCGGCACCUUUCGUCCAGAGGGUUGAAACCGGUGAAGGAGACACCAAAGUUAUUCUUUACUUUGAUAAGAUGGGUAGAGAAGAGAUUUGUCCCACAGUGAAAGCCUACAGGACGCAUAGGGUGGCGCGGCAGAAGCCUGUGCCUGUUACCCUUUACGACUACUAUGAUUCUUCUCGAAGGGCGCGUCAGUUCUAUCUGCCACGCGUGCAGACGGUUUGCGACAUCUGCGAGGGCGACGUGGGCUGCGAGGUGUGCGGCCGCGGCUCAGCCGGCAGCCGUCGCAACGGCGCCGACGGCCUCAACGUCGGCUCAGCGGCAUCUGCGUCCGUGGCCACCGUGGUGCUGGGCGCCACCGCCCUCUGGCUGGCCAGGGCCUGAGCCUGCGACGCGAGUGCCAAAGACCGCGAGUGAGGAGAGACUGACGCAGAAUUGAUCGAUUUUGUUACUCGAAUUGAGAUUUAGAAAAAGAGAAAGAGAGCGAGAGAGAGUGAGAUGCACGCAAGCCGCUGCUGUAUAUGAGGUUGAAAUUUUGCAUUUUCGUCCGUGCAUAGUCUAAAAGUUUUUUUUACUAAUAUUCGACUAACGAAAUGAGUUGUGCGUAAAUAAAAAAACCUGGACAAUUAAUUGCUGACAGUAAUAGUGAUAUAAGUGCUGAAAGAUCCAUUCAUCAACUGAAAUUGUAAAUUUUAAGAUAAUUGUAAUUAUUACCAAGUGCUAUCUAAAUAAAACUAGAGUUUUUAAAAUAUU